CAGCAAGCGGCGGCGGCGGCGGCGGCGCCCGCGGGGAGAGGGACGCGCGGGCCCGCGGGGGCCGCCGAGCUGCGGGGCCGAGGCGAGCGCAGGAGCCCACCCCGGAGGCGGCCCGGAGCGGCGGGGCCCCGGGGCCUGGCUCGGGCGCCCGGCGGAGCGCGGCGGUCAGCGCGGAGGGACGGUCGCGGCCAGCGGCUCCCGCGCCGGCCACCAUGUCCUCCACCGUGAACAACGGCGCGGCCAGUAUGCCAUCCCCGCCCGACGCCGCGAACGGCUUCCCGCAGCCGGGCGCCUCCUCUGGGGCUUGGCCACGCGCCGAGGAGGAGAUGCGCGCCGCGGAGCCGGGCCUGGUGAAGCGCGCGCACCGCGAGAUCCUGGACCACGAGCGCAAGCGGCGCGUGGAGCUCAAGUGCAUGGAGCUGCAGGAGAUGAUGGAGGAGCAGGGGUACUCAGAGGAGGAGACACGGCAGAAGGUGGGGACAUUCCGACACAUGCUGAUGGAGAAGGAGGGCAUGCUCAGCCGAGAGGAUCGGCCUGGAGGCCACCUCGUGGCCGACACCCCGCGGAUGAUCGAGGGCCCCGACCCCGGGUUCGAGUACGCGCCCUUGGACGAUGAUGACGGCGACGGCCCGCUCGACUGUGACUGCCCGGCUUCCUGCGAGCGAGGCCCCCGCGGCUACAGGACCAAGCACUGGUCAAGCAGCUCAGCAUCGCCCCCUCCCAAGAAGAAGAAGAAGAAAAAAAGUCGCCGCCGCAGGGGCCGCAAAAAAAGGAGACUAGAGCCAGAGCACAGCUGUGGGAGCCCGUCACCCCUGCGCAAGAAGAGGAAGAGUGUGAAGAAGCACCGGAGAGACAGGUCCGACUCUGGGUCCCGGAGGAAGAGAAGGCAUAGGUCUCGAAGCCCCAAGAGCAAAAGGAAAGAGAGGAACAAAGAGAGGAAGAGGCCCCACGCGGACUCCCCAGGCCCGCGGGGCCGAGGACACAGCAGUAGCGGCCCCAACAGCCCCGCCCUCUCCUCCCAGGACAGCGACUCGAGGUCGCCCAGAAGGCCGAGCUCCCGGCACCGAGACGACGGGCGGAAGACGGGCAGCCAGCGGUCCAGCGCGAGCCGGUCGCCUUCCCGCUCGGGCGGCAGCGGAUGGGGGUCGCCGCGGCAGAACGGCGGCGGCGGGCGGCAGCGGAGCGGAGCGCGCGGCCCGCCCGAUAAGCCCAGCUCGCCCUCGCCCAGGGCCGGCGACCAGGCGGAGGCCGACGCAGCCACGCCGCCGGCGCGGGGGAAGCACAGCCCGAGCCCGCGCGCGGCGCCGUCGGCGCCCGGCAGAGGAGGCGGCGCUGCGGGCCCGGCCCGGCGGCGGCGGCGAAGGCGAAGGCGGCGGCGGCGCUCCCGCUCCUCGGCGUCCGCGCCCCGCCGCAGGGGGCGUCGGCGAGCCCGGCCCGCGGCCCCCCGGGACUCGUCGCGCUCGCUCAGCCGGGCCCGCUCCAGCAGCGACUCGGGGGGCGACGCCCCGGGACCCGGCGCUGAGCCCGGCUCCGAGCGAGGCCACGGCGGGCACGGGAAACGGACCAAGGAGCGGCCCCCGCGCGCCCGGCCCGCCAGCACCUCCCCGUCCCCCGGCGCGCGCGGCCGGCACGGCGGCCCCGACGGGACGAGCUCGUCGCGCAGCCCCGGGCCCCCGCCGCGGUCGUGGGGCUCCAGCCGGUCGCCGUCCAAGUCUCGCUCGCGCUCGGCGGAGAAGCGGACCCGCAGCCCCAGCCGCUCGCCGUCGCCCAAGAAGGCCGCGGGCCGGGACAAGGACGCCGAAGGCCGCGCCAGGCACGCCGAGGCCGAGGCUAACCGCGCCCGGCGCCGCUCCCGCAGCUACUCGCCCAUCCGCAAGCGGCGCCGGGACUCGCCCAGCUUCAUGGAGCCGCGGCGCAUCACCAGUGCCAGAAAGCGCCCGAUCCCCUACUACCGGCCCAGCCCCUCCUCAUCCUCCAGCUGCCUGAGCAGCGACUACUCCAGCCGCAGCCCCAGCCCCGGCCCCAGCCCCGGGCCCAGCCUGGGGAGCUACAGCAGCCGCAGCCGCGGGACCCGCAGCCGCACACGCAGCCCCUCCCGGACCCCCAGUCCCAGCUACUACAGCCGGAGCAGCUCAGAGAGUGGGGGCUUCUGAACCCAGAGACCCCAAACUCACACGGGAGGGAGGGGGGCGCACCCCAAGGUCACAGAGAGGUCCCCGGGCCAGGGAAGACCUUGGUGGGGGGGUGCCCUCCAGACCGGGGGCAGCCAGAUUCUGCUGCUUCUCAGGGUCCCAGCUCCCCGCCUGCUGCCUGACCACCAGGUCCAGGGAACAAAGAGCCGCUGCGAUCACAGGGGCCACCUGCGCCCCUUCCUGCUUGAGACCAGCUCUCCAGGCUGGACAUCAGCGCCAUGCAGCCAAAAUCAGGGGUACCUUUGGCAGUGUGGGAUCUGGAAGCCCCAUCCCC